AUGGACGGGGGGGACGAAUCCGUGUUCGAGCUCGAGAUGGGAGACGGUACAUCGGCGCCCGGGACCGGCAGGGAUCCCGAGUCCGUGCGCAGGAAGCUGAUGCGUCUGUGCGAGCCGAAGGACGCCCCGGCGGCGAAGGUCUCCAGGGACGUGGGCGACUUCAUGCGCACAAACCCCGGCGCCUCCGUGCAGGAUGUCGCCGCGCACCUGUCUUCCGCCGGCCACGCCGUCACGAUACGCAGGACCGGCGGCGGCCACUCGGGGACCCUCCACGCAUCCCAGGCCUUCGAAAACCUGCGCCACAGCUACAUGCUCGUGCACUCUCCCCCAGCCGGUAGCCUGAUCGUCGAACCGGCCUUUCGCGACCAGUUCGCGAUCACGAAUCCCACGGUGCAGUACGAGAGGCUGCUCGAGGUGGUGCCGGAGUGGUUCGUGGGGUGGGAGGACGAUCUGAUGGCGGCGCUGGAGCUGGUCUGCGCGGAGAUGCGGGUGGCCUUCCGCGCCACCGACCGGCCAGUGCCGCCGUGGAGGCGCAAGAAGAGCAUGGAGUCCAAGUGGCAGCCCAAGGUUUACAGAACCGAGGCUGUCAACUCUCUUGAUGCAAGUUCGGGCGGAGCUGACACGGAGGCCCCGCGGCCUUCGGAUUGCAACCGGGUGGAUGGCGAAUUCGCCUUUCUUUUUUCAUCUUUGAAGGUGGAUCCAGUGGCAGAGUUCAGAAUCGAGGAUGCGCUCCCCCGUAUAAUUGUCGUGGGCCCAAAGUGA